AUGCAGUUCUCUACCAUCCUGUCCCUCGUGUACCUCGGCGCAGGCACAGCAGUCCUGGCCGCUGGUGUCCCGACAAUCCUAGCACGAGGAGCUAUCCCAUACUGCUCGUCCUCCGCCUUCUGUUCCUCCACUGAGGCUUGCGAAAGUAAAUGCGGAGGAGCUGCGAAAACCACUGGCUGCGGCAGUAAGUGCGUCUGCGUCUGCGCCGAUGGAAGCCAACAUUCUUGA